GUUGGUUUCGCCCCACACGUAGCGAGCCUACAAACACGUAUAUAGGGUCUGUUGCUAAAGUCGGCUUGCUCACAGUUAAGUACCGCAUCGAGGCGUAGCCCCUCUGCUGUGACCAUCGCAUUAGUGCAUCAUACGCGAGACCCGUUGACGUUUGAAGCACGCUACCCAUUCCCGAUAGAGACAUGAAGACGAUAGCAGCCUGCGUCGCCAUGCUUGUUGUUUUGGGAGUGCUUGUUGAGAUAAGCUGCGCCACAAUGACAACGGACCCGAAAUGCCACAGGCUGCGAACCAAAGUGGAAAAAGUGCGCCCGUACUGCGUCUACCUCUGCCACAUGCCCGAAGGUCACAUCAAACUGGGCAUGGAGCAAGACGGCACGCCCUGCAGGUUCUUCCGGCACGAAGGCGUCUGCCAGAACGGCCUGUGCCUGUUGGACAAACCCAGAAAGGAGCGCCCUGCGAAAGGCGACGGCGACAAGGAAGGCGGCCCCGUGACGCCCAAGGCCGACGAGAGCAACGAGUGACCCACGCGAAAUGCGAACGUCGCAACGACAGGCACGCUAUGCCACGAAACGACACCUUUAAUAUCUUUUUGUCAUUGUCUGCCUGGCUGAGACCGUCGAAAAUAAGCAGUGCCGUCGGACGUCAUGCGUACGAGUGGCGUGAAUCAAGUCUGUGAUGCACAAUUACAAAUUAGGAAAUGCACGCUGGGACUAUUGCGAUUGUUGGCUCUAUAGAUGCACCGUGUUUGUUGUUACACAAUGGACUCUUCACAAAAGAGGACGAGCAAAAAAUUGAAAUAAAGUACUGUUUUAUUGGUUUCAAGUGCACUGGUCA